AUGCCGGCGGGGGUUGAACCGCUAUCAAAAGCGACCUCGCCGCCGCCGCCGGAACAUCGCCGCCCCGGCCGCCCCAGGAAGACGCUGGAGGACCCGCCUCCCGGCGCGCUCCCGCUCGCGUUGGCGGCGGCGGGGGUCGGGCCGACGUCGACGCAGUCGGCGAUCUUGCGCGGCGUCACCGGUGGCGGCGUGCACCGCCGGCGAACGAACGCGAGCUUCCUCUUCGGCGCGUCGCCGCUGGACAGGUUGACGGAGAAGAGGGCGGCGAGGGAGCCUAAGCCGGAGAUCGCGGAGCCGCUGCCGCCGCCGCGCGCGCGCGCGUUUCGAACCGCGGCGGAGUCGCAGUCGUCGUCGUCGCGCGGUCCGAAGGUGGGCGUCACGUACGACGUCCACGUGGCGUUCGAGACGUGCGCGCGCCACGCCGCAAAGGUGGCGGCGAUGCGAAUCGACGGGGGGAACCGCGACGGCGGCGGCGACGAAAACGGCGAAAACGGCGAAAACGAAGACGCCGAGACCCCCGCCGACCGCGAGAAGCGUCGCAAGCAACUCGACACCCUGUUCGAGGUGCUCCCGCCGACGAUCCACGCUCCCUCGCACGUCCGACGGACGUUCACCCCGCACGGCGACCCGCCGACGCAGUCAUCGCGACGCGCGCGCAAGGCGUGGACGUCGCUGCUCGAGCCGCCGUCCGAGGACGCGGCGGCGGCGCGCGGCGGCGGCGGCGGCGGCGGUGAGACUGCUUCCCAUACGACCCCGUUCGCGUGGUGCACGCCGUUCCUUAAGGACUUUUCCCGUCGUCACUCUUCACCCGCGCUUCCCUUUCAACGUUUGACCGGUAAGACGUUCGACUGACCGAUCGCUUCACCCACGCAGGCGGCGGCGCGCGCGCGGGCGGCUCCGGGGGAGGACCGCGAGAGGAUGACGAGAUGGCCGAGGAGUGGCAGCGCGCGAAGAAAGCCGC